AUGGUCCACUCCACAACCACAGACACCCUCGAGGCGCCCAAGUCCCUCCUCGACAUCUUCCCCCCCGUGCGCAAAUCCCACAUCAUGAACUGCGCUUUCGCCACCUGGCACCCCAUCUACCGCCCCAUCACCCCCAAAGCCCGCACAAUCCCACUGACCCCCGAAUUCAUGUCCUACCUCCGCGAAGACGGAAUUGUGCUGCCAGACGGCGAAGAUCAGAUCACCACGCUGUCCGACUCGGACACCGAGUCCGAUGACGAGACCGAAGACGACGAAGGGGAUGGGGAGACGCCACCACAGAGAGUACUGAACCCAACGGAGAGGUUCCCCGAGCUGCACCAGAAGAUCAAGACGACGAUGCGCGAGCUGGGCGGGAGCGUGGCGCCGAAGCUGAACUGGAGCGCGCCGAAGGAUGCGGCGUUCAUGACGGCGACGAACACGCUUGAGUGUCGUACGCCCGGGGAGGUGUACCUGCUGCUCAAGAGCUCCGAUUUUGUGACGCACGACCUGGAGCACGCCUUCCGCGACUGCACCGACGACCCGUACUCCGACGAUGCCGACGAGGACUCCAUUACCGCCGCCAGCGCCGACCAAAGCAUCACCACUACCACUACUACCACCACCACCACCACCACCGCCACAACAACAGACUCCCACGCCCCGCAAAACUAA